AUGUCUGUCCCUGACGACCAAGACGAUUUCAUAUUUCGACCACAACAUCAUUUAGACGCUAAAUGGUUAAACCCUGACUUGCAAGAAGCCCUGCAUGACCCUGACGCUCUGACCACGUUGUUCAACAGUCUCUUGCAAGACAGGGAAGUUUAUUUCAAAGCAUCAAAUGGCUUGGUCAAUAGUGCGGGUGUUACAGCGAAACUUGGGGAUAGUGGAAAAUAUUAUUGUGGACUGCGGAUUCUAACAUGCAAUUGUUGUGAUGGUUUGUGUGGUCCUCACUCGGGUUGCGCGUGUGGCCCAUGCUCCAUACUAUCCUCUGAAGAAGAGCUUAGACUUGCCAUCCAGUCCAAAAUUGUACCUCCUCCACCAUCCAUCCAUGUUAUUGACGAAAUAAAGUGGAAACAAGAUCCAGGUCCAGAAUGCCUACAAAGCCUAAUGGAUUCUUUAGUCUGGGAGCAGAGAGUGAGAGCAGUUAAUACAGCCGUCAGUUGUCCAUUCAUCUCACAAAUCCGUCGUCUCAUUGUGCUAUGCAAUAGACACCUUGUAGCUGUUAUUAGUUUAUUUUUUGACAGAGACCAAAAUAAUCACAAAGAAGUGAAGCGCAAAGCAUUAGAAAAGAAACCUGCACAUGGAGUCAGUAAUAGAGCUUUGAGUAAUGUAGUUGGCUCACUUAACAAAUCAUUAGAAGUUGGGGAAACCCAAGAGGAGACUGAGGAACAUACUGAUGAUUCCGAGAGCGCGAUAGGCCUAGCACGUGUCGGUGCUCGGGCGGCCUUGCGCCUCGCCCUGUCUCUAGUCCGUCGUGCGUGGCGUUGCGGGGAAGAUGCAGAUGUAUGUUCUGCACUUCUUCGUGAUGCUUUGGAUGCUGUACGAGCGUUGCCCGAUGCGGCGUUAUUCGCGGGCGCGGGUGCCGCCAAUCAGGCACCUAGAUCGCAGAAAAUUUGGGCUGAAGUUGUUGAUAGUGCUGCUAAGUUCCUACAUCAAGUUGUUACUGGGGAAGUAGGCUGUAAUGUUCCACUAGGAGACUGGAGAACAUCGCUCUGCGUGUGGGUGGAGUUAUGUGCACGACGAGCCGAAUUACCAGCUUUGUUGAAAGCAGCCGACGUGUUGGUCACACUGCCGCCGAGGCAGAAACGACAACCUGACAAUAGAAUUAGCCUUGAAGAAUGCACUGCACCACUAGGACCAUUUCUACGCCGUAUGGCCAAAGUACCAACACCGAACCCGAUUGUAAACACUGAGCCUGUAAUUGAAAAUAAUCCCACGGAAAUCUUUCUGAAAGAACUAAACAUCCCUAGCGGCGACGGAUUGAUGGAAGUACGCAAGGCUGGUAUUGCUUUAUUGUGUCAUAUGGAAAGGCUGGGUGCACCGCUGCUACCUCCGCUUAAGGGGUUCGUUACUUGUACAGAAUCAGCUCAAGAAGUAGUGUCAGUUGGUUCUGGCCCGUUACAUAUAGGAACGUUACGCAUACAGCAAAUCGCCUGCGCUGAGAAAUUGGCAUUACUGUUGACUCAUGACGGCGCCGUGUACACUCUGCCUUAUGAUACGAUGACACCGCAACUCGUGCCAGGUCUUGAAAGCAAGACAAUAACGCAAGUGGCAUGUCACUCUGCCGGUCGGCACUUUCUAUGCUGCUCCUCGUGCGCCGCAGUCUGGUCCUGGGGCGCCGGGGAAGACGGGCGACUAGGCCACGGGGAUACGGCAUCAAGAGAUGCACCCGCUGCCAUACAUCAUCUAGCUCACCAUGAGGUUAUCAGGGUCGUUGCUGGACCUGCUUGCAGUGCUGUGAUAACAUCUCGAGGUGCUCUGUACACGUGGGGCCGAGGAGCCCACGGUCGUCUCGGUCACGGGACCAUCGAGAACUGCCUUACGCCGCAGCCUGUGUCCUUCCACGCGCAUAAUAUUGAAAGAGUCAUCGAUAUCGCACUUGGGUGGGGUGAAAGUCAAACGUUAUGCUGUACUUGGGAAGGGGCAGUGCAAGUUUUCGGCGACAGCGAAGGUGGAGCGCCGCGUGCGUUGACUUCGCUGUCGGUACUUCGAGUCACUCGCGUUUAUACCGGUGAACAUUGGCAUGCUGUUCUUACAGAUGGAGGUCAAGUGUAUACGUGGGGUAAAGGAGACGGAUACCGUUUGGGACAUGGUACAUUGGAGACCAUUCGUAUUCCUAAAAUGUUAGAAGCUUUACAAGGAGUCAAAAUCGUCGAGCUAUCGUUGGGUGCUUCGCAUGGAAUCGCAUUGGCUUCUGAAGGUGCAUUAUACGCUUGGGGCACCCAUGAACGAGCGCAGAUAACUCGACACGUACCACAGCUUCUGCAAGUUCUUAACCCUUCUUUUAAAGCAAACGGUAUGACAAGUGGUCCCACACAGAUUUUCGUUUGGAGUGAAGAGAGUCCCAGAGAUCUACCGUCUUCCUUGCCUUUCGUCAUAGACUUGUCUGCUAGUACUUUCAAAUUCUUGGAAAGACUGCUAAGGAUAGUGUUGGACCAAAGCAGUUCGGCCACCAUGAAGGAAAACGAAUGUCUUGCGAUUUCUUGUCUUAAUCUACUACGAUUACAGGUACACGCGUGGCAAUGCGCUCGUGGUCCUGAAAUAGAUGACAAUGACGAAGGUCGCUCGUGGUGUGCCGGCGUACAUACUGCGUUAGUGGCAUUGGUAGAAGGCAGGGCUGGUCCAGCUGCAGCCGCCGCUGCCAGGCGAGCACUGGCCGCGGCUUGGCCGAUGUUGUUGCCUACUCCGCAAGUCAGAGCCCAGCAUCUAAUUGCUUUGUUGCCACAAGGGUCGGUGCCAGCAAGCGCGGGAGCUCGAUUUAUGACGGAACUGCUCGUGUGGUCAUUGCUCGGGGGCGGAGGACUGCGCGAUGCGCUGCGCAACGCUUUACAAACACAUUCCACUGACGUCUACAACCAUCUUCAACUCGAUGCUGAUUAUGAUCAAAUCGAUAUUGUGACGGGACAGCGAGGUUCUCACGCGGCGUCUUCAGGUGAAGAACCGGAUCCUAAUUUAGUGUGUACUGAGGAAUACCAACUAAGUAAUGCAACGUCAGCUGAUAAGGGAGCAUCGGUACCACUUAUGCAUUUGGUGAAACAUCUAAUUCGCAAUACAAGCUGCCAAACUCAAAUGCAUAUAAACGCGAUAAUCAGCGGAGAUACAAGCAAGGCCGAUGACCCCAAAGGUCACGAUACCAUCAGUCCAAGCUGCGAACUACUCAUAAGGUUUCAGAGAUUGCUGUUCUGCGAAGCGAUGUGGUCACGCGGCGGCCGUAGUACGCGAGGCGGCGUACGUGCUAUCAUAACGCAAUACACGGCACUACUCGCCGAGCACGUACAGUCCACGUUGCGCUCAUUCACCCGCUCUGUUCGCCGUGCUGACAACGAACAACUUGUAGCGCUCUGUGACCUUAUUUCUGCUGAUAUUGUUGGUCGGGUAGUCAGCGAGCUAGGCGCUUGGGUGUGCGCGUGCGCAGCUCGAUCUCCUGGUGCUCUCAUGGAGGUCGCCAACUCGUUAGUGAAGAUCGCGCGAGCGUGUGACGAAGCGGCGCGUACGCUGCCAUCUGCUGCGAAGCUCGACGCUGACUUGUUGGGCUGGCCGGGAUUGGUGUCUAAGAGACAACCGUUGAACACUAGCGUUAUUCGCAAGUGUGACAUCCAAAACCACACAAAAGAAGGCGGUUCCUGGAUCGUAAUAGCGGGUCAUGUCUACGACGUUGACAACUUCGAUUGCGAAAACGCUGGAACAGUCGAACUCGUGCGCAAGCUCCGUGGUUGUGACGCAACUGCUGCUUUAAGCGUGGAGCCCCAUGCAGCGUUCUUGUCUAGGAUAACUGAGAAAUGUGUUGGAUUGUAUGCAGAUCAGAUUUAUAGCCAUAAAUGCAUUGAAAGUACGUCAAGUCUCCGAGCGCAUCACAUUCUGUCGUCCUGCGCGUUCCACAUCGCUCUAGGAGUGACUCAAUGCGGCGCUCGAUUGGCUCGUUCGCUUCCAGUGCAGCAAGCCGAGAGAGACGCUGCGCCUUAUACUGCUGCUGUAUUUCUUAGAGGCGGUUUACAGGUGACCCAGCCAGCAAACCCUUUCGAGGAAGAGAAAGCAGAAGCUCGUAGUGGAUCUUCAACCGGUGGUAACAGCCCCGCAAGCGAUACGCCCAUUCCAUCUCGUGUGCCGCGACCCCCACCGCACGUUAGCGUCACUACGUCACAGGCUCGCGCUGACAGUCUGCUGUUUGCUUUAGCUGAACCUAAAUUACACGAUCCUUUAGCAUUACACUUGUGGUGGGCGUGCGAGAGACGUGAAGGCUGUGCUCCCCAUUUCCCGCCUGAACAUCCUCUGGAAGAACUGAGAAGAGCAUUAUUAGCUGUAUUGUUAUACCACGCAGGGUUGAAGGAACAUGCUUGGGCUACGGCUACAGCUGAAAUGGAGAAAGGGGAAGUGAAACUUUCCCCAGCCAUGUCUGAAAUAGUGAAAGCCGUGCAACAAAGCAAAUGGACUUUAAUGCGUACAAGGCAGCAACUAUCACGAGGGUAUAAAGAGGUAUGUGCGGCUCCCUUAGAAAGAGCAAGGUUCUUAUUACACGAAGUACGAGCAGCUAUAUCUUCUGCGGUGUCAGCUUUGCAUUUACGGCCACCAUCGCGUCGACCACCCACUGCUAAGAAAAUAUUUCAAAAGGUCAUGCGAGUUGCCAAGUCGCCUAGUUUUAAUAAAUGCUUUGAAACAACAAAAGAUUUACGAAACCGGCAGAACAGCUUAAGUAAAAGCAUGCUCAAAGCGACCGGCAGCCUACUUCAAGGCGAUGCAUUACUCAUUAAAUCUUCCAUAGCCAACGCAAGUAAAACACCUGACGACGUCCCCGGCGUUGUCGUAGAACCUUCUAGAGACGGCUCUGGCGACCCCAUGGCAAAAGACCUUGCCAACCAGCAAACAAAGAAACUAAUAGCCAAAGAUAAACCUUUAGAGAAAGAUUUGAAAAAUGCGUCGAACAACGGUGAUUUAAUGCGAUGCGAUACUCGUAACGAUUUUAAAGUGGCUGAACGUGAAGAUAUUUUAGACAAAGAUAACGACGAUAAAACUCCUACAAAUGAAAUGUCGAUUAGUUCCAUAAAUGAUAUGACGGACAACUCGAUUUUGAAAGAGUCGAUGGAAAGUGAGAAGCAAGUGAUGAUGUUAGCUGAUGAUCUCAAAAAUGAUCUCAUUAUGGCAGAUGAAGAGAAGGAUGAUGAUAAUUCAGAGAGAAAUAAGUUCGUUAAUGCCUGGGUGUCCAGGCUUGCUUGUGAAAAGAAAGAUUUGUAUUGGAUGCUCGAAGAAGUAACAUCAGAACAACAAAGUUUGACAACUGCGAUUAUAGAUUUCGUCAUGACUGAAGAACCCUGUGAUAUUGAUAUACUUAGGCGAGCUUUGUAUUGUCAGGUGCAAAGAGCUGAAAUUAGAAAGAAUGGCUAUAGCAUGAUAAACAGUAUACUCCACUCAUCACAAACAAUGUCAGAAAGCGUUAAAUACGCUGCACUGGCAGGCAUUCUAGGAGCCUCUAUGGCCGACUCAGUCCCCUAUGUUCAAUUGAAACCAUCCAUUCCUCUAACAGCACCAAUGAAAGGUAUAGAGUCUGUGAUACCGUAUUCGAAGUACUUGGUACUUCUAGAAAGAUCGAAAUUGAUGGAUUUUGUUUUAAUCGAAUUGAAAUCUAGAGUAUUGGAAGGCGAACAAACACAGUCUUUGCCAUUAAAAAUGAGCGCUAAUUAUGGCGCGCAUGCGUUGUUGAAUCGACCUUCAAGAGCCAGGUUCCUCAUAACUCUAUUAUCGUUGCUCAUAGAAGGUUGUCAAGGCCCAGAAUUAGAGCAGCUGAUCAAUGGUGGCGCCCUUAGCUCUUGUCUAACGUUAUUGAAGCCUACACCACCAAGUCUCGACACGUGUCUGAUAGCGGGAGCGCUGGGCGUAAUAGGUGGUGUAGAGUGGCGAAUAAGACUAGGCCAACGCGUGGCGGCCGGAUCUCCGCCGAGAAACGCUAUUGUCACGCAAUUCACGCCUCGAGCAAAAAUUACUCUUGUUCAUGAUGACAACACUACUACGAAGACUGAACUAAGCGGCGUUCAAAGCGCUGAAUGUGAACGCCUCACACAACCGUUGGGAGGUGGAGAAAGUGCACUGAGAGUAUUCGCUGCCUUACUCGGUGCCGGACCCCAAGCAUCGCCUAUGCAUCCACAUCAUUUGCCAGCUGACAUUGAUGUGUACGGAUUACGAAAACAACAAAUUGAACUACUCACACUUUGCGCUGUUCGCGGUAUGCUGACCACUCGUACUCGCCUUAGAAAAGUUCUAAUGCAACCACCUGACAAUGCUAGUGCUUUAGAAAGAGGCGCAUCAACCUACUUAGGCACAGAAGGCACUUUACUACGAAGAUUACUAUCGCUAGCAACGCGACCUAGCCCCUUAGCCGCCUCCCACAACCCUAAAGAUCUCGCUGCGGCUGCUUUCACUAUUGUUCAACAGUUGGCUGCCCAUGUAAAUGGAGAUGAGAAAGACCACGAUUCGCCACCUGAAAUGCCAAUUAUAGACAAAAGUAAUCUCAUGCAAAUAUCCACUGGACCUUCAACAAGCACUGCAUCUCUUUCAAGGAAAGAUCUUAACACUUGGGCAAAUUCAUCUCAAGUACAACAAGUAAUAGAAAUGGGUUUCUCCAGGCAUGCUGUUUACGCUGCAAUACAAGCUUUGGGUGGAACGAGUUUACCCUCUGUAGAAGCUCUCGUAGCGUACUUACUAGAGUUGCCUCAACAAGGAAUGGAUGACACAGUAUUUGAAAUAAAACCUCAUUUACUCAAACCAGAAAAGAAACAACCGCCUUACCGGUGGCGCAGUUGUUUCGCCUCCGAAGACGAAUACGCACAGUAUCUUUCCGAUAUCAUUACUACAGGAAUGACUGUACGAUGCUGCAAGGCUUAUGAAGGCGUCGCGUUAGGUGACGUAGGUCAAGUGCAAAAAGUGGAAAGGGAUAUUAAACAAAAUGUUUUCCUACAUGUGGAAUGGCGGGGAUUAGGCCGCGUAGCCGGAGUAAGGGCAGUACAUGCAGAAGUGGUAUCUGGUGGUCCUCCAUUCGCUUCGGGUGACAGAGUGCGUGUUAGGGCAGCAGUCACACAACCAAGAUAUAAAUGGGGCUGCAUUGAUCACACUAGUGUGGGAACAGUUACUGCAAUAUCAAGUAACGGGCGUGACUUGACAGUCGAUUUUCCCCAACAACCCGGAUGGACUGGGCAAGUCAGUGAGAUGGAACUUGUUACUGAUCAAUCGGAAUGGGGUGAGAGUGCAGGUGGUAGCACAGUCGGCUGGCGCGGAGCCAUUCGAGCGGUUCGCGUGUCGUCAUGUCGACCUGGUGCAGGCGCGAGACGGCUCUUGGACUCGCAGCCUCACACUUACUGGCAGAGCUCCAGUGGCACUGGACAGCACUGGAUCCGCGUAGAGAUGCGCUACGGCGUACGCAUACGCCGCCUAGGUUUAGGGGUGCCAGGCGGCGCUCAUGGUCCGGCUGCACUAUCUGUACGUGGUGGAGCGAGUUUCGACGAAUGUGCACUCGCGCCGUUGGCCGCGGUGCCUUGUGCCACUGCCCCCAGAGACCGACCUCCGGCCCAAAUACAGCUUUUGGCUGACUGUAAACAGUAUUACCCAUGCAUUGAGAUCGGAAUAAAACAGAACCGCAAUGUAAACGCUGACUGUCGUGUACACGGACUCUACAUCACAGGCUUCAGGCCAAAUCCGCUUUACACGGAAGUUCUGCAAAGUAUGAACUUCGUGGCAGAAGACUGGAUGGAAAAAGAUAAUCCUACGGGUGCAAUAUCGGUUGAUAACAACCCGCCUUCGUUGCCUAAUGAUUGCCCGAAGGUAUACGUAUGGGGACUAAACGAUAAAGAUCAGCUUGGCGGUGUCAAGGGAUCCAAAGUUAAAGUUCCAGUGUUCUCACCUACAUUGAGCGCUUUGAGGCCAGUACAUAUUGCUGGCGGCUCGAAGACUUUGUUUAUCGUUUCACAUGACGGCAAGCUAUACGCCUGUGGCGAAGGCACGAACGGUCGCUUAGGUCUUGGACACAGUAAUAAUGUUUCUACGCCCCGAGCAAACCCUUAUCUCUCUCACGUAUUGAUUCGCCGCGUCGCCGUACAUUCAGGUGGAAAACAUGCGCUAGCUCUUACUGCUGACGGAAAAGUAUACUCUUGGGGCGAAGGUGAAGACGGUAAACUAGGCCACGGCAACCGUAUAACACUGGAAGUACCUCGGCCGAUAGAAGCUCUAUCGAGCGAGCGAGUUGUCGGUAUCACUUGUGGAUCGGCACAUAGCGCAUGCGUCACUGCAAGAGGACAUCUUUACACGUGGGGUUUGGGCGAGUAUGGGAGAUUGGGACAUGGUGAUGAUAUGACGCAGCUAUUACCCAAAAUGGUGGAAGCGCUAGCUGGUUUUCGGGUGGUGCAAGUCGCGUGUGGGUCACGUGACGCACAGACGUUAGCUCUCACAGCUUGUGGUAAAGUUUUCUCUUGGGGAGACGGUGACUUUGGAAAAUUGGGUCGUGGAGGUUCCGAUGGUUGCGCAGUACCUAUGAACAUAGAGAGAUUAAACACUCUUGGUGUUAUUCAAGUAGAAUGUGGCGCACAGUUCAGCUUAGCGCUGACGAGAGAUGGGGAGGUAUGGACAUGGGGCAAAGGCGACUAUUAUCGUCUGGGCCAUGGAUGUGAUGCGCACGUGCGAAGACCGACGAUAGUUGAGGCGCUGCGUGGGCGCAAGGUCAUUCACGUCGCUGUUGGAGCGUUGCACUGCCUUGCUGUCACUAGUGAAAAUCAGGUAUGGGCGUGGGGUGACAAUGACCACGGCCAACAAGGUAACGGCACGACCUGUGUCAACCGACGACCCGCGCUUGUAGCAGGCGUCGAAGGCGUACAGCGGGCCGCUGCCGGUUCCUCUCACUCCGCCGCAUGGUCUCUGAGACCUGCUGCUUUACAGGCGCAGCAGCAUACACCUCAUAUUGCGCCGUUGCCUUUCCCCAGCUUGAAGGAUCCUCUUGGAGCCCAAAGUCUUGGUUUAUAUUCAGAAGAAACAAUAGUAGAAGAACCGCAAGGACCUCGUCCAUCCCUAGCAGCUGCAGCGCUGGCUCUAGAACCACCAGUCGCUGUUCAACAUGCAUUGUCUCUCAUUUUGCUUGCAUUGCAUAUUACUCAGGCUCGUACUCUAGUAGUGGAAGCGUUACGUGCACACGAGGCGUGUUCAACGAGCGUGCCCGUAGCUGCAGGUAUCGAUGCCGAGGAGGACGACAUCGAAACAGACGCCCGCACUGGUGGUGGAGAGGCGCCUGCAGACAGGACUACGUUUCCGAGUGGUGCCAGCAGCCCUUUAAGCGGUUCAAUAUCAUCCCGCCACUCAGCAGUGAUGUCCUCGAGCGCAGUAUCAGUUGCCGCAGCUACAAUGACUGUGCAGCAAGCUGAGGCUCCCAAAAUGGUAUUAGACGACUUCACGUCGCAGCUCGGUGAAUCCGAUGCACGAGCGCUCGUUGAUUUGCUCAAGUUGGCUGCGGCUGGAAGAAUACCGGACUCUAAUAACGCUGUGAAAAUUAUCACUGAUGUGUUGAUGGCGCUAUGUGCCAGUAAGUCAGCGGUGGCGGACAUGGUGGUGGAAGUCUGCGUGUGCGAGUUGGAAGAAGCCGCAGCAGGCGGAGGUCGCGCACCGCCUCAACCGGUCACCGUCGACAGUCCUCAUCCGUAUGCUGACGACACUGAUAUUUCCGGCGUUGUCAAAGUUCCGGGUGCGUCAUCCCUUCGAGUGGUAUUUGAGCAAGGUUGCUCCACAGAGCGGCGCAACGAUCCGCUCACGAUCUCGGAUGCUUGUGGGCGCGUGCUGGCCACGCGCUCGGGAAGGGAGCCCGCUGAUUGGGCGCAGGAGAUCAUUGUCAACGGUGACGAGCUUCGUUGGAGAUUUACAAGCGAUAGUUCCGUCAAUGGCUGGGGCUGGAGAUUCACCGCGCAUCCCAUUUUGCCAUCGCAUACAAUUGCCGAGACCGGUUCGGACCGCUAUGUCCUCUCAUGUCCAUCAGUGGAGCUAGCUUGGCGUCUAUUGGACGGACCGCUGUUAGCCGCUAUAUCGAAUGACCAUCAGCUCGCGCCGCGAUUGGCUCAGGCGCUUGCUAUUUGUGCACAAAUGCCUACUUUGUCGUGGCGUGCCCGUGUGUGGUGUGUACGUCGCCUGCGCGGGGUAGUGUGUGGAGGGGACGGCGAGGCGGGUGCUGCCACGCCUCCCGCACUGCACCAUCUACCGCAACUGCUGCAGGCGCAGUACGAACAAGAGGAACCUGCACUGCGGACUGGCACGCAUUUGCUGCACACUCAUUAUCUCAAGGAACUAGCCUGGCUAGCAUGUGGCCUUCGUAUGGAUACUCGCGUCUGCAAUGGCCCCGAAGCAUUGCGCUGGGCGUGGUUCAAACGAUACUGCCUCUGCAUUCGUACCGCCGACGCUCUCUUGCGUCGCGUACCCAUGCCCAUGCCUUUCCUCGCUGAUGUUCGGAAAAGACUAUCCGACCUUGGGGUCUAUAACAUUGAUGAGAACAGCACCGAUCAACAAUAUCCUUGGGAGAAUAACAGCAAAUUCAGUAAACAACACGAUGAACAGUUACUGCAUUGGGUUAAUAAGCGUCCAGAAGAUUGGACUGGCUGGUGGGGCGGUGGCUCUCGCGGUUGCGCCGUUUACGGCUGGGGGCACAACCAUCGCGGACAACUUGGCGGAGUAGAGGGCGCCAAAGUGCGAACGCCAACACCCUGUCACGCGCUUGCGGCUCUCAACCCUGUGCAAUUAGUUGGAGGAGAACAGACAUUGUUUGCUGUAACGCCUGAUGGAAAAGUUUAUGCCACUGGCUACGGAGCGGGUGGACGACUAGGUAUAGGCGGCAUAGAUUCAGUGUCACAACCGACACUGUUAGCAUCAAUACAACACGUGUUUAUUACCAAGGUGGCCUGUAACUCAGGAGGAAAGCAUUGUCUUGCUUUGUCUGCUGAUGGAGAUGUUUAUAGCUGGGGUGAAGGCGAAGAUGGCAAACUUGGGCAUGGAAAUAGAGUGAGCUAUGACAGACCAAAGCUUAUAUCUUCGCUGUCAGGCUUAGAAGUGGUGCAAAUAGCCUGUGGUGGGGCUCACUCGGCCUGUUUGACAGCUCGCGGGCGAAUUUAUACAUGGGGCAAAGGCCGAUACGGGCGACUGGGACAUGGAGAUUCGGAGGAUCAACUUGUUCCUAAGAUGGUGGAAGCGCUAGCUACGCAUCGAGUUAUAGACGUGGCAUGUGGAUCUGGCGACGCGCAAACUCUGUGCAUCACCGACGAUGACAACGUGUGGUCAUGGGGAGAUGGUGAUUAUGGGAAAUUAGGUCGCGGUGGCUCGGAAGGUUGCAAGCUGCCAAUGAGAAUAGAUUGCCUGAAAGGGUUGCGUGUGACCAAAGUCGAAUGCGGCUCGCAGUUCUCCGUCGCCCUGUGUCAGUGUGGGAGUGUUUAUACUUGGGGUAAAGGAGAUUACCAUAGACUAGGGCACGGUAGCUACGAACACGUUAGACGACCAAUGCGCGUCACAGGAAUGCAGGGAAAAAUGAUUGUGUCAAUUGCUACAGGAAGUCUCCACUGCGUGGCUUGCACGGACACGGGCGAGGUUUACACGUGGGGUGACAACGAUGAAGGACAGCUGGGAGACGGAACUACUUUAGCAGCUCAGAGACCUAGACCUCUUAUGGCAUUACAGGGCAAACGUGUAACGAAAGUGGCGUGCGGCAGUGCCCACACGGUGGCUCUGUGCGUUGAGGCGCCCCGCGCUCCCCGCCCCCCACCACCGCCACCUCUCGAGUGCCACCUGCUCAGGGAUCUCACAGCCCAACUCAUUUGUAAUCGAUUGGUGCUUCUUCAUCAAUUUUCGGAGUUGGUGUGCCCCAACCUGCCACUGUUGAUCUUAGACGGACCCCUGGAUCAGUUGAGGACUUUGCUCUUCUACAGUGUUAAAGAAGCCGCUUUUAGAAAGGCGAUUAUGGGGACAAUGGUUCGCGAACGCCAACACGGUCCCGUGGUUGAACUUUCUCGCGUGGCAGCCCGUCGGUCGCGGCGUGGCGGCUCCGGAUUGGCCGGCCCAGCUGGUAUGCGAUCGGUGUUCGGACAAAUGGUGGCACGCUUGCCUGCGCUUACGCAAGAUGCGCUCGCACUCCCGCAUCGAGUGUGGAAGGUUAAGUUUGUGGGUGAGAGUGUAGAUGACUGCGGCGGAGGCUACAGUGAGAGCAUAGCGGAGAUGUGCGAGGAGCUGCAGAACGGGUCAUUGCCCCUUCUAAUGGCCACACCAAACGGGCGUGGAGACGCAGGCGCGUCCAGGGAUGCCUUCCUACUCAACCCAAUUGCCAAUACGCCGCUGCAUUUGAACUGUUUUAGGUUCCUUGGUGUUCUAAUGGGAAUUGCAAUCCGUACGGGGUCACCGCUCUCGCUAUCAUUAGCUGAAGGAGUGUGGCGUCAGUUGGCCGGACAGCCACUACGACCGCAAGAUCUUGCUGAAGUCGAUAAGGAUUUCCUGCCUGCUUUACUCUGUAUCAGAGACAUGACGGCUACUAAUAAGGAGCUCCAAAACCUCGAGCUGCCAUUCUCGAUUCCGUCUGCGGCUGGCCACGAAGUGCCACUAUCGACGCGACACAAACGCGUCACACCAGAUAACAAGAACGAAUACGUACAACUUGCAUUGCAUUACAGACUACACGAAUUCGACGAGCAAGUCCGCGCGGUCCGCGACGGAAUGUCCCGCGUUAUCCCCGCGCCGCUUCUGGCGCUAUUCAACGCGUCGGAGAUCGAGACUCUUGUAUGCGGGUCGCCAGACAUACCGGUACACUCGCUACGGGCUUCUGCUACUUAUAAAGGCAUAGAACCCAAUGCACCGUUAGUGCAGUGGUUCUGGGAGGUGAUGGAGGAGUUAUCAGGCAGCGAGCGAGCACUCUUCCUACGAUUUGUGUGGGGCCGAACGCGGCUGCCGCGCGCACCACAAGAUCCCAGACAAAGAGACUUUGUUCUACAGGUGCUCGAUAAGUACCAGCCACCAGACCACUUCCUCCCGGAGAGUUACACGUGUUUCUUCCUACUCAAGAUGCCAAGAUAUACUUGCAAGACCGUGCUUAGAGAAAAGCUUAGAUACGCAAUCCACUUCUGCAAGAGCAUAGACACCGACGAAUACGCCCGCGUGGCACUCAGCGCUGCAGAGCGCGUCUCUUCAGAAGAAUCCGACUCUGAAGGCGACGCCUCUACGCCAGUUGCGACCGCAGCGCCACCAGCUCUUUACUCACUUACAAGGGCACCUACCAGGCUAUAAUACUUUACGGAUAUUACACAUGUUUUUGAAAUACGAUUUUGGCGUAAUUUGAGCAUAUGUUCUCAUAACAAACAGUGACUUUCUGUUAAUACUUUAUAAUUGUUAACAAAUCCAAUUUCAAGUAGACAUGUGUACGUAUAACAACUUCGUGAUUAGUUAUUUUUUAAGGUAUCAACAAUUGCUGCCAUCAUUGGUCAUAUUAUACUGAUAUAUUGGCCUACGUAUUUUAAAUCGUUGAUAAAGUCGCGAUUUUAUAAAAAUGACGCAAUGGACUUUGAAAUCAUUGGGAAAUUAUUAAGCGUUAAUAAUCUGAUAUUAAAAAGAUGAACAGAUACAUGAUUUAAAUUCAUUGCAUUUUUGCUAUGAUUACUCAUUACUGUCUAUCACUACAUAUAAUGAUGAUAUUUAAUUGUAUUAUUUUUACAAAUUAUUUGCGGUAAUUAAAUGGCCUGUUCACUAUCGGAUUUAGACAAUGCGAAGAAACGAGAUGAAUAUUUGGUAAAACAUUCUAGUAACUCACCUUCCUUUGUCUCUAUCACACAGUUUCAAUAGUGAAAGACCCGCAUUAGAUGCAGCAUAGGACUUCCUUGUAUUGUGAAAUGUACAAUAUAAGAUAAAGUUAUAUGUAAUGGCGAUUUGCAGCUUGAAUUUUAAUAUUGCAUUCCAUCCAUAGUAUUAGUUAAAAACGGUUUAUAUUUGUUAUUUUAAGGGGUCUGUUGGAAUAUUUGUAGACGGAGACAGUCAUGUGAAAGUGCAUUAGGUGAAAAAAUAUAAAAUUGAUGAGUUACGUUUGGAAUCCACACUAUGGUGCGGAAUUUUGAAGAAGUAAUUUAUUUGCCACUAUAUCAGGGUCAGAAAGUACCAGUCUUCACUCACAUGCACAACUCUCUGUCGAUCGAUCGAUUAAUGAAUAGACCCUUUUGAUAUUUUCAGCAUGGAUCAGUAACUCUUAAGAGGUGCUAAUCGCGAUAUAAGACAGCUUAUCCGACUACGCUGUCUUUAGUACGUAUUGUACACCAGAUGUCGCGACGAAUACAAACUAGCUAUUUUUGUAAUACAUUUAUUUUACAUUGACGAGCUGCAUUUUAUCAAAGAUUCUCUUAUUGCUAAUGACAACAAAUAAAACAACUAGAUGGCACUUAUUGCACAGAGUUUUAUGGUAAUUUAAAUUUUUAUUGAAUUGACAUUCAAUCAUGUUUUACGUAAAAACUAGUUUGUUAUAUAUGGAGUUCUUAGAUUUUCG